AACUAUUAUUUCGAAGUUCGAACAGUUGGUGAGUCUGAUACUAUUCAAGACCUUUUUUUUGCACAUCGUAAAUCUAUCGAACUGUUCAAUACUUUUAGCGAUGUUUUGCUUAUGGAUUCCACAUAUAAAACCAACCGGUACAAAAUGCCAUUGUUUGAGAUUGUUGGCUGCACAUCGACUAAUAAGACAUUUGGACUUGGUUUUGCUUUUCUAAGUAAUGAAAAACAUGACAAUUUUGUUUGGGCUCUACAACAAGUGCAGCAACUUUUAGUGGACGAAAACAGUGCACCGAAGGUUAUUGUGACUGACCGGGAUGCCGCAUUGAUGAGUGCUAUUCCCGAUGUAUUUCCAAAUGCAACACCGCUAGUUUGUCGCUUUCAUGUUAAGAAAAAUGUCUCAGCUAGGUGCAGCGUGCUUUGUAAGAUCAAACAUGGUGAGGAGGAGAAGCAAGGGGACGUUGUUAAAAACAUAAUGUCUCAGUUUUACGAAGUGUUGAAUUCUCCAACCGAGGAAGCAUAUUCUGAAGCGGUCAUAAAGUUUAGAACCGUAUGCGAAAGGUGGCCUAGAUUUUAUAACUAUGUCAAAAAAACGGUUCUAGACACUGAUGAAAAGAAAGUUGUGAGCGCGUGGACAAACCGUGUAAUGCAUUUUGGUAAUACUACAACAAACCGAGCUGAGUCAUCACAUGCUGUGCUAAAAAAAUACUUGUUAGAUACAAAUGGUGAUUUUGUCAAGGUUUGGGGAGCAAUACAUGAUAUGUUGGUUAACCAACACACUGAGAUUCAAGCAACUUUUGGGAUCAGUCUGUCGUUACAAGAGCACAGAUAUGAUGAUAAUCCGAUGUACAAUUUAGUGGUUUAUAAGGUUUCAAGAACUGCAUUGGGUUACAUUCAUGAAGAAGCCAAGAGGGCUGAGGAAGUUGGCAUGGAUAGCAAAAAGUGUGGUUGUGUGUUACAACGCACCCAUGGAUUGCCGUGUGCUUGUGUUCUUGCUAAAAAAAUUCGCCACAACCGACCUAUUAGGCUGGAUGAGAUUAACAACCAUUGGAAGAAGUUGGUUUUCAAUGACCGGGAGGAUGUUGAACAACAAGUUGAUGACUAUUCUUGCUUGGCGGAGUGGAACGCUAUUCAGGAGCGUUUGAGAACAGUCGAUGUCCCCAUGAAAAUACAAAUUAGAGAACAGCUGCGACAGAUUGCAUUCCCACAGUCUACGUCAUUGAAACCUCCGGUUGUGGUUGGAAAGAAUAAAGGGGUAAAAAGAAAGGGUGCUUGCGGGGAAAGUUCGAUGACUCGGUCUCCUUCCUAUUGGGAGCAUGUGGAGGUGCAAUUUCCGCCUAGCCAAUCAUCACAAGCAACACCAUCGUCUUCCAAACAAAAGGGUGCACGUACCGGUAAAGUUAAUCCAAUCGAAGAUCGACAUAUUCCAUUUCUUGAUGCAAUGCCAUUGUUCAUGCAUUCGCAUAUUGAGGAUAUAGUUGAUGUCGAUGGUGAUGGUUUCUGCGGAUUUCGUGUUAUUGCUUUGGAUACUCGCAACAAUCAAGCUGAUUAUGAGCUAAUUAGACUAAACUUGCAAAAGGAGCUAAGUAAGCACAAAGACGAAUAUUUGACGAUAUUUGGUUCUAUGGAGCGUUAUCAAUAUCUAUAUGACGCUUUCUUUCCACCGACGAGAAGGUCUAGUCGGCGCAUGGCACCUAGAGAAAAGUGGCUAACGUUUCCAGACAUGGGGCACAUCAUUGCCUCAUACUUCAACAAGGUAGUAGUGUUGCUGACUAAGAGUGAAAGGUCUGGAGCUAGUGAAACUUUUUUUCCAUUGCGAGGCACUCCUCCACAAGACCCGGAUUCUAAGAUUUUAUGUAUCGGAGGGGUUCCAGAUCAUUUUGUAUAUGUUAAGUUGAAGCAACAUUGUCCAUUACCUCCGACCUGUAAGACGUGGACUAAGUAUUGUACGCAGGAAGCUUCUUCGUGGCAGAGUAGUUUCGUGGAUAGACAAGCGGAUUUCGUGGCAUUGAUGGAUAAUGAAAAAGGCGCUGUUGUUCCGAGACGUAAACUUCAAAAGGGAGACUCUAAAGAAUGUCCAAUCGAUUGCUUGUAGUUUAUGU